AUGUUUGACAUCGGUUCGGAACAUGAGGAAGGGGAGGAGGAAGAUGACAUUGAGCAUGAUCCCGUAAUUAAUCCCGAUGAUGAAGAUUACGAGGGUUCAACGUGCCACAUCAAAGACCUUCGCGAACUGAAGCUCCCCACUCUACCAGUGUCAGCUUCUGGUUUUAGAUCGUGGAAAAACGGGGUGUUAACGCAGUUCGGAAGUAUAGAUAAGUCGGGUGAGGCACGCAUCCUGAGGUGGUUGCAGGCCGCACUCGAUCCCAACAUUACCGAUCGGGCGAUGGCUAAGAUGCAGAGUGACUCAGAUGGGUUGCCCCGGUUGGACGCAUACCUCGCAGCUCAGGUCACUGACCCGAAACACCUCAAAGGGGAGUUCGGUGUUACAGCUCAGUCAUUCGUUGAAAGGGCUCAUGCGCUUGGGGCUUUACCUUCAGGGCGAGUCCUUCUUGCGAUGCUGAGCAAGCGAUUCCGAGUUGAUAGAAUCAGGGGGGCAACGGUCUCACAACAGACUUUCCUUGCGAUUCAGCUCGAGGGUUUUAGCCAACAACAUCUUCAGACAUUCCGUGAACGCGUGGAGUUCUGUUUGAAUGGCUUCAGCCCAGACGCUUGGCCUGCCGAAAAUACCAUGUUCUCAUGGUUAUACGCGAAACUGAAACAUUGCCGUUUGCUUUCCAGGGCCAUUGAUCUUGAUUCAAAUCCAUCGAGCAACAAGCGCACUUUCAACUGGUUGUGGACUCAACUUGUUGAGCUCCUCGACGAGCUCCGGGAAGAGGCCAACGAGGAAUCAAUCAGAGAUGCAUUGUUGCGGCCCAGGACCAAAAGCCCAUCAACCCCGAAGAAAGGAGAACAGCAGAAAGCGACACCAGCCUCUCCAACGCCUGCCGCUCCUGCUCCUCCGACCGGUCCCAAAGGUACCGGAAAGGGUGGAAAAGAUCGGGAGCAGAAGGGUAAGGGCGAUAAGGAUAAGGGUAAAGGUAAAGGUGACGCCAAAGGCGGUCCGCCGAAGAAGCCGCCCAAGAAGUCAAAGGCAACCGGUGAAGGCAAAGGUGCAAAGGCCGAGAGCAAAGCUCCGCCAAAGGAGAAUCCACCCAAAGUGCAAAUUGUCCAUUCUCACGGUGAAUGGAGCAGCUGCCACGGCAAAGAGCUCUACCGAUACCAGACAGGUCCUUAUCAGCUCGAGUGGAUCGCUGAUUCGGGAGCCGGUCGCAACUUGACGGCUCUCAAGGCGCUUCAGCGCCAAGGAAUCCCACCUGAUAUAGGCUUGCAAGCCUUUCAGGCCGAACAGCCGAUUCACUUCUCCACCGGUAAUGGCGUUGUCACUUCGCACGAAGUCUUGACCUGUGAGGGCCAAGACUUUGGCCAGAACACGGCAUACCUCAUGAACGAUUGUCCCGUCGUAAGGUCGAUGGGUGAGAUAGUAAACGGUGGCCAGUUGCCUUUCCUUUGGCUUCCUGGUCAAUUGCCCUGCUUUCUCAAAUCCAGCAACCACGUGCAAGCAGACCUUAGUGGGGCCCUGUUCGCCGAUCGUGUUGAGGGAAAUGUGCCUAUUUUCAAAGAACAAGUGUCUUUCGCUGUUGCCGCGCACGCCACAAACGACAGGUCCCCGUCACCAUCGUCCCCGUUGCUACCUCCUGGUGAGAGCUCCGCCGAGCCUCCCAGUCGAGUCCUUGAUGAAGGAUCUGCGCGCGCCGAGCCUUCAAAAGAUGACGCAGCACAAGGAGACUCUGAUGACGGAGAAGAACCCCUCUCCAAAGACUACGCCUCAGAGGCUGAGAAGGCACCAGAGCCAGAGCUUGCCUACGAAGACGUUCUCGAGAGGAUUGAAGACAAGCUGCUCGACGGCCUUCCCCCUGCUGAGCCGCGUGCGGUGUCGCAUGCACCUGACGCAAACGACCAUCUCUCUGACUACGAACCAUCUGACGAUGGCGGUUCCGCACCAGUUGUCGGAGCGACAGCGCAGACUGCCUCCGAGCCUGCACCUGGCCACCUUACCACUGUCCGCACAGUGCCAGACCAAAGUUUCCUGGAACGUGACCACUCACUUCGCCGCUCCUGCAGGUUUGAGGCUUUGCCCGGAAAGAACCAACUCGUUGAGUGCUGCUGUGAAGACGACAGCGAAAUCGGCCUUGCAGCAGCAAGCCACCGUGUAAACUGCUUGAGGCUCACAACGUCCACGCUCGACCUUGCUGAGCCAACCCACGUUGAGCAAGUUAUUGGCCAGCUCAAGCCUGGAGCUUGCGGUCAUUUCAGCUUGCCUUCUGCGGACUUUUGUCCUUCGCAGCGUAUGAACAAACACCGCCACGGUGCAGCGUACACUGCCAGACUUAAGAAGCGACAGCAGCAUACACGUGUCAUGCCCAGUCUUGCUCUCCAAGUAGCAUCCCAUAUGAUUGAGCAGGGGGGUCAUGUAAGCUUUCAGUGGCCUGCGACCAACCAGCUUUGGCAAGAACCGUCGUGGCUAGAGUUUGAAGAGAAGUUCAACUUAAGAAAGGUGUACUUUCACAGUUGCUCUUUCGGCGUAAAAGGAAAAGAGAACCCCGUCAAGGAACACUGGGCUAUCUCCACUACGUCACUAAGAUUUGACAUGCGCUCGUACGCAGCACAGCUUGUCGACUUCUACUGCGAGGUCGCCGGCGUCACCAAAGACAAGCUACGCAACUUUCCGUCCCCUUGUUAUCCGGAGAACCAGCUCACCGAUGCUGAUCUUGAGACAGAAGGUGAAUUGCAUCAUGCUGCGUCGCGCAUUCUUAUGCGAGGCCUGUGGCUAAGUCGCCUUGCUCGGCCUGACCUGUCUUUUUCAAUCACCCGAUUAGCAUCGAGGGUAACAAAAUGGACCAAAUUUGAAGAUCGCCAGUUGAUGCGUUGCAUUUCAUAUCUCCAUCACACGACACACCUCACGUUGCGCGGGGCAGUCUCGCAAACGGACCUCUCUUGCAACAUCGAAGUGUUUACCGAUGCAGAUUUUGCAUCUUGCCCGUACAGUGCCAAAAGCACGUCCGGCAUCAUCAUAAUGCUGCGCACCGGUGAAUCUUACUUUCCUGUCCACUGGUUGUCUAGGAAACAAUCAUCAACGGCCAGAAGCACCACGGAAGCCGAGAUGAUCGCGCUUGCUGCAGCGAUGCUCUCCGAGGCCGAGAACCUGCAAACCUUCCUCGAGUCUUUGCUUGACGCUGCAGUUUCGGUGUCCUACCAACAAGAUAACGAAACGGUGCUCGCGAUCCUCAAGGCAGGGUAUAGCGCAAAACUUCGACACAUGAGCCGGGCUCAUCGUGUUAACGUCGCCUCCGUGUGCGAAAGGCUUGCAGAAGAACGCGUCCAAGCUGUUUACUGCAGCACCAAACUUCAGAAGGCUAACGGGUUUACGAAGGUCAUAUCGCCUCAAGAAUGGCCUCUUGUUCUGAGUCAGCUGUGCCUCUUGCCUGCCACUGACAAGGCAUUAGCAACUUCAGCCCAAGAUUUUUCAGCUGAUGUUUUACAUGUUCAGUGCGUCAGCGAAUGGUGGCAGCUUUUUGUGGGCCUAGCCCAUGUCAAGGGAGGCUCUCGCCUCGGGGUCGUUAGGAGGCCUCGUCUUGAGCGCGAUUGUGCAAAGCCUCGCCAUUGUGUGCGCUCGGUGAACUGCCCGACGAUUGGGCAGAUCUUCUUUCCCACAGGCAGUUCUGGAUUGGGCUUCUCUGCGGGAUUGCCAUUGGGCCUCUGGUUGAUCUACUCUAUUGUGCUCGGCUGUGGUGGCGUCAAACAACUGCUCGCUGGAUCUCUUUGGGCCCUAGGUCGAGUGGAAACUUUCCGCUUUACCGGGUGCAUGAGCCGCGGCACUAAGGAGCUGGAGUUCGAGGUCCAGGCUCUGAAAUUGGAGCUGCAAGUGCUCCGCUUGCGUCUCGACAGGCAGGAGUCCGAGAUUGCUGAGCUCAAGGCAGCUCAGGGAUCUGAGCCGGGGUUUGAGAUUGUCCGGGAGCCGUCCAGCGAAGGGGCUGAGAGGGCCUUGCGCAGCUCCAGUGGAGCGGCUGCUUCUUCGGAGUCUGCCUGUGUGCGUGGGGCUAGCUCUGAUUGGACUUUCAGGCUUGAGGUCGCCAAGGAGAUCGGCCGCUUCUUGAAAGCAGGUUUCAAACGCGAGCCUUGGUCUGGCACAAGUGGCCGGUCGAAGGUGAAUCUCAAGAGUACUAUCUACGUCCUUGUGAGGGACAAGGGGGGCCAGACCUUCACUAAUCCGGUUCGGGCCUUCCGCUCCUGGCGUGGCAUCAAGGAGUUUGUGGAGACCAAGGGUGACUUGUUUGAUUCCCUUUUCGUCGGCUUCCCAUCCCAGCGGGAGGCGACUGUGGCUGUGGCCGAGGCUGGCUUUCAGUGGCCUCUUGAGCCAGCGAUGAAGAAGAAGAGGAGGCGGGAGUGCGAUCGCACCUCCUCUUUCAAUCAGGUAUGGCACCGGCUCACCUCAAAGCGCAAGGUCAGCCCGACUACUUUGGGCAAAGCGAUUCUGGUGUCAGUUGUCGGCGCCUACCCCGAGGAGAAAGAGACGCCUGUGCAGGAGGUCACCAUAAAACUCUGGGUCGGGGUCUUGGCCAUGGAGCUGGAGGCCCUCAUCACCUUCGAGCGGCCCCCGGCCGAAAUCACUUACCAUUUCUCGACCAACGUGCUGCCCUAUGCCCAAGCCUUAGUCUCCGUUGCGGACGAGCACUUUGCCUUCACGACGGCGGAGAGCGGGGGCGGCGGAGACGGUAUCUUCAAGCGCAUGGCUGCCGUCGAGUCUGGGUUAGCAGAAAUCAAGCUGCUCAUUCAGAACAUGGGCAACAAGGAGCCGGCCGGGAAGGCGGGCGAAGGAGUCGACAAGACUCGAGGUGCCAAGUCGAAGGUCGCCGCAGCCCCUCGGAAGGUGGCGCUGGGCGGCCUGGAUGCAUCGACCGUAGCGGCGGCCCGAGCUGCAGGGAUCGAGGACAGCGCCUUGCAGGAGAUGGGAAAGCUUCUGGCAGCCAAGAAGCUCAAAAAGCCGGAAGAGGGCGCCGAGAACUUUGUGACGGCCAUGGCGGCCGGGGCUCUGGACGAGGGCGAGUUCGCCGAGGACCUCCAGGAGCUCAACGACGAGGACCCGUUCGCCGCUGGCGCCCAGGACGGCAGCCAGAUGGAGGCCGCUUUGCUUCAGCUCACAAAGAUUGUGAGCACUUUGGCUGUGCCAGCUCGCGGCAGCAAACCCGACUUAGACAGUGUUCUGGAUGCAGGGGUGAGCGGGAGCAGCAGCGACCAGCAGGGACUAGGGCAAGGACGGAAAAGCGCGGCCGCAUUGAGGUUACUCACCAAGACCUACGAGGAGAAUCCCAAGGUGAUCUACGAAACUUUGGAGCGGCAGAUGCGGCUGGACUUCCAAGUCGCUCCCCCAAAGCCUGGUGUUCCAGAUGUCGGAGGAGGUGCUGGUACCGCAAGGGGCUGGCUUGCUUCGAAGAGCCGCAUUGGAAAUUAUCACAAUCACAUUCGGUGGGCCUGGGGCAUGGCAGGAGUGUGGGACGAUCUGAUGCAGAACAAUGUGGAGCGAGCCCGCGCUCGGGCAGGCUUGAUGGUGGCCUGUGCCGACCAGGCCUCGAUCGAUUCAGGAUCGUGGGUGAUGAGCACCGUUGCCCUGCUGGAGCCAUUGCCGCCGUAUCAAGAAUUCGCUCGUCAUUCAGGGCCUCAACCGGCGGAGUCGCAGACGACGGCCUUGUUCGAUCCAAGGUGGAGCGAGAUAUUCCUCCAAGUGCUUCGGGACCGCGAGGCAUUCAACGAGGCCAAGCUAAAACUGUCUCAGGGGAACAAACGGGACCCUGGGGGCACUCAGCGCGGCGACAAGGAGUCCACCGAGGAGCCGGGCCGACCUGGGAAAGAUCCGGAACGACAGCAGCAGACGCAGCACGUGCCGGGAUCCAGAGCUGAAUGUGUUGAUACUUUGAAGGUUUUUCGCCAACUUGGGGCCCUCUUGUUCGAGGACCCCGGGGCCCUUGGCUCUUUCUCCAGAAGCUGCUUUAGGACUGCCCAGCCUCGUCGUGACCGGGGCGAUUCUUCGAGCGGUCUGAGUGGCCGAGUGUGGCCCAUCCCCGUGCCCUACGGCAACUUGAUGUCCCAGCCGGCGGUCGAUCUGGAAGGCGACUUGCUUAAGAAGUAUGUUGUUAACCUGAUUGUCAUCGUUCUUGACUUUAUCGAUCUGGGCUUACCCUCCCGAGCUCCUGAUGCUUGUCUUCCUGGAGGGUGGCUCCGACCCAGCCAAACCGAGCAGGUUCUUAGGAUCGAGAAGUACUUGGACGCUUGGCUAGGCCUUGGGAUCUUGGGGCCCGAGGACAUGGGGAGGACUGCUGGCAAAGUUGAGGACCUGGAAGCCGCUUUGAGUGAGUUGCAAAACUUCGUGUCGGCAGGCAAAGAGCAUCAGCCUAGUGAGAGCAGCCCCGACAUUGGCAAGCUCCGUCGUGCCUAUGCGGGCACGUACAAAGAGAUUGAAGCCAGCAGGCUUCAGUUUCGCGGGCGACCUGACUUCGAUCCUAGGCCGUUUCUCGAUUCUCUCAGUCGCAAGAUCUAUGAUUGCCCCUUUGAGACCUCGAUUGCUCCCGAAGAGUUCGAAGGCAGGAUUCCCCGAGUGCGCAUCCACUGCUCCCGAGAACAAAAACUUCAGCUGUUCACUUUGCUUGACAAAAGUGGCCGCAUACGUCUCUUUCGAAAGCAAGAUGUAAGGUCCCAGUAUGGUGCAGGAGUGUUCGCGGUCCUCAAGUCGUUGGAGCUCGAUCGUUUAAUUAUGGAUUCCCGACCUCAUAAUUUGCUUGAGCGCCCUCCUGGCCGUUAUAUCAUGACACUCGGCUCUGGGGAGCUCUUCACGAAGCUCAUUCUUGAAGCGGGUGAGAUCGUGCUCAUAUCAACGAACGAUAUUAGGGACUUCUAUCAUCUCUUCCGUGUCAGCGAUCAACGAGCUCAACGAAACAGCCUGAUAGGAAGUGUCCAUCCCAAAGAAGUUCGACAUUUGACCUGUUUCCAGGACUGGAUGAAUGGCGAGACCGAGCUCAUUGUGUCGUUGGCAUGCCUCGCCAUGGGCGACACGCAGGCGGUGGAACUUGCACAAACCUGCCAUUUGGGGCUGUGCUUGCAGCAAGAGAUAGUUGAUGAGGACAGCCUCCUUGCAAUGUCCCUGCCCGUUCCUAGGAGUGACACCAUGUGUGGGAUUGUUAUCGACGAUUUCGUGUCGCUCAGCAAAGUUCGGGAAGCUCGUCAACCAAUCGUUCCAGUUGCUAGUCGAGGAGCUGAGCUCGCAGACCAAGCCCAAAAAGCUUACCAGCAAGUGCACUUGAUUCCUCAUGAAGCCAAGGCGGUGAGGGAUGCUCCUCGUGCCGAGUUUUGGGGCGUCGAUCUGGAUGGUCGAGUUGGGCUUGUACGAGGAUCGCUCAGACGGGCAGCACCUUUACUCAAGAUCAUCGUGCAGGUUUUGCGUUUGGGGGUGGUGAGCAUAGGUUUGCUUGAAGUGCUCGCCGGUGGCCUCAUUUCAUUGUUCACUUUCAGGCGCAGGCUCAUGAGCCUCCUGGAGGAAAUCUUCGAAGUGAUGAAAGGCCGCGUGCAGGGCACCGUUAUAGCUAUUGGGGAAAAGCUUCGUCGAGAAUUAUUGUUGAUAGCUGUGUUGCUCCCCACUGCCGUGUCGGACAUGCGUGCCGAAGUGAACCCCGAGGUGUUCGCAGUGGAUGCCUCGAUGUGGGGUGAGGCGGUGUGCUCUACCAGGACCAGCAAAGCUUUCGUGAAGGAGCUGACUCGCCACACGUUAACCAAAGGCGUCUGGACCCGUUUGCUAUCGCCGCUGAAGGCGAGAUCGCGAGCUCUUGGAGUCCUGGCACCUGAAGAAGAAGUUCCCGGUGGAGCUAAGGAUUGCUUUCGAGCCCAUCCGCUGCACACUGUACUUGCUCGUACCAGACCGUACAAAUUGUGCUGGAAGCGGAAGAGCUUGAAGCGAAGACACAUCAACAUAGGAGAACUCAGGUCGUUCAUCAAGGCUGAGCGCUUGGGCAAGCUGCCCGGCAAGGCCACCAGAAUGGUCGUUGGCGGCGACUCUCAAGUCGCGCUUGGCUGUUUGCUCAAAGGACGGUCGGCGAGUCCCUCGUUGAACCACGAGCUCAGGAGUUCGUUGCCAGACUACAUUGGAGGCGGUUUGCACAGCAUGCAGAUGUACUAUGCCACUUCAAUCAACCCGUCGGACGCUCCCACUAGAGGAAAACCCAUACCCUCGCCACAGGAGCCAUCGCCAGAGUGGUGGGAGCACGCCCUUCAGGGCGAGUUUGACGAGUUCGACCGGUGGCUGGAGCAUCAACGUGCAGAUCCUUUCUGUGUGUCAGGGCUGCCUUCUUUUGCUGAGCUUAGGAAGGCAGGGGAAGCUGAGAUUGUGUCGCAAGUGCGGCACGGUCACCUCAGAGCUCGCCGAAAUCUGCGCGAGCUUCUCAAUGCGGCUCUUCCUUUUCCAUUGGAGCCACUGGGCCAUGAGUGGUCCGACCAACUUUGCCAUUCCACUGAACGGCACACCCCCAAGGAUGCAGUUGUGCCCCCUUUCAGUUCAUGUGGGACCUUCUUUUUCCCGAAAGGUUUGGAGCGAUCAGUUUGUGCUGCAAGAAGUGGAUACUUGGAUUUGUUUUCAGGCUGUGCUGGAGUUGCUCGGGAACUCGCUCGACUCACAGGGCGAUGGGUUCUGUGCUACGACGUCAAGUUCUCGCCCGAGCAGGACCUCAGCUUAGCCGGUGUUCAGAGUGAAGUUCUGCGUCUCAUCACUUCAGGUUGGAUCAUUGGCUGUGGAGCGGCGCCGGUGUGCUCCUCUUUGUCGCGAGCUGUGGCACCGUGCUGUCGGACGACUAGCCAUCCUGAAGGACUGCCUGGGUUAAGCGCUUCACAGUCUGCCAAAGUCCGACUAGGGAACACAUUGGCGAAUUUCGUGGCCCAAGUCUGUUCACGGUGCCUGACGCAUCAUGUUCCAUUUUGGGUGGAGAAUCCUCAGUGCUCUUUUCUCUGGCAGCUCCCGUCUUUUGUGGAGCUACAACGAGAUCACCGCCUAGGCAAGUGGACUGUUGAUUUUUGCGCUUUUCGAGCUCCCUGGCGAAAGCGUACAGUUGUGCUCACAACUACGAGUCUCCGAGAUCAAGUUACUCGGUGUCCUGGGUGUCCGCGGCAUCAACAGCUCAGGGGGCGCUCUCCGUACCAUCGCAUGUCAUGGACCCGAGUUGCUGAGCCUUACCCGCGAGGUGUUUCGCUGGUCCUUGCUAUGGCGAUGGCCGGAGCGACCGGCGAUAGGCCAGCAUUUCGGAGGCUGGAUGCAUCUGCGUGUGCUCGGGCGCUCGGCCGUCGCAUAGGAGAAGCCCUUCAUCCAGGGCCUCGUCGGACCACUGCGGCAAGCCGCGCCGCUCACCGACAAGGUUUGGAACUUCGGUCUGUGGCGCUCGUGGACGCUCGCACUGAGAACUUGGAGCGCCGACUUUGGGAUGAAUUUCGGGAUUGGGUCGUUUUGGAUUUAGACGCUGCGGUUGCAGACGAAAUUCUUCUGGUUGCGGCGACGGUCGCUACGCUUCUGGCUGCUUACGGCGAGCACCUUUUCUAUAUCGGAGCUCCGCUGUCUUCUUUCAGGCAUCUUUUGGCGUGGGCCCAGCGGCACUUCAAUGAUUUCCGCAUGCAUGCUAGAGAGUGCUGGGCCUUAGUGUCACGUUGGGAACAAGUUGAACCGCUCAUUCAUCGUGAACCACUACCAUGUCGACUGUGUGAAGCGAUGGCUAGUCUAGCGAUCACUUGGCAGUGGCCGCGAUUCGCGCUCAUACUGCUGCUGGGGUUCCAAGGGAUCCUACGCAUUGGUGAAGUCUUGCGAGCUCUGCGCGCAGACCUCGUGCUGCCAGAUGAUAUCGGUUCCGAUUUGACUGAUCGGCUUUUUAUUCGGAUCCGGAUGCCCAAGACUGGCCGCCGCGGAGGUGGCAGACAGCAGCACAGCACCGUUCAAAACGCAGUGCUUGUUCAGGCUUGUGUGCGAGUGUUUGGGCGGCUUCCGCCUGAUGCUCCGCUUUACCCUCUGUCAGCGCAAAGUUUCAGGCGUCGCUGGGACGAUUUACUUGCGGCUCUUCAUGUUUCUUCGGAUUUGAACCUUACGCCUGCUUCUGUUCGUGGCGGAGGCGCUGUUCACAGUUAUCGACAAGGCAUGCCGAUCCUGGAUCUGCUUUGGCGCAUGCGUCUGCAGCAUGUGCAAACUCUUCAGCAUUAUCUGCAAGAGCUGGCGGCCGAAACAGUGCUUGGCCGCCUGUCGGCGCCUGCCCGCCGCUCUGUGGAUGCUCGGCCCUGGGAAGUGGUGGAGCAGCUCUUCUUCUUCGAGUACCACUUCGUCCUCCUCGUCUACGGCAAGCUGGUGGUUUCUUCUGGGCUGACUGCGAAAGUGCCGAAGACCGCUGAACAGUCAGCCUACCGAAACUUCCAAAGGGCAGCGCAGCGAAAAGGAGAGCUGCGGUGCGGACGCUGCCAUGAGCCAGUACUUAACAUGUUUUACAUGUUCAGUGCGUCAGCGAAUGGUGGCAGCUUUUUGUGGCCCGCCCUCCCGCCCGUGGAGCAGCUCUUCUUCUUCGAGUACCACUUCGUCCUCCUCGUCUACGGCAAGCUGGUGGUUUCUUCUGGGCUGACUGCGAAAGUGCCGAAGACCGCUGAACAGUCAGCCUACCGAAACUUCCAAAGGGCAGCGCAGCGAAAAGGAGAGCUGCGGUGCGGACGCUGCCAUGAGCCAGUACUUAACAUGCCCUUGUGUUAG